CAGUGUUUUGACUGAAUUUGGCCCCAAAAAACGCGGUCGCAUAACCAAACUCUGCGUUACACCUGUCAGAAGACCGCUCGUACAGACGCUGCCGUACGGCAAAAUUUCACGGACGGCCGAGCGCUAGGUGAUAAGCAAUCGGCCAAAGAGCAGUCCAGGCUGUUCUUCCCGCCGCCGCCGCGCGCGGACGCCCGACACCAACAAAGAUGGAGGAGCAGCGCUCCAGCAGCGCGAACAAUGAACGAGGAGACGCGCCACCCCCCAAAAAGGAGAUCUACACGCAUUCGGCGGACUGGACGAUUUACGGCAUGGGCUGGAGUCAACGGGAGGAGGAGGACCGAGGCUUCCGGUUAGCGUUAGGCUCCUUCGUCGAGGAGUACGCGAAUCGCGUGUCUAUCAUCCAGCGGCGGGACGCGUACGAAAAGGCGGUUGGUACGGGUGUCGGUCGGGAUAGGACGGCCCAGGCUUUGCAACGCAAGGCGGGCAAGGACCCGAACGAUUCUUCAGCUUUCGUCCAAGUGGCGGGGUUUGAACACCCUUAUCCUGCCACAAAAAUUCUCUGGUCGCCCGACAAGACGGCUAGGCGAGAUCUGUUGGCUACUACCGGUGACUAUUUGAGGGUCUGGUCGGUACCUGAUCAACGGGAAGCGGCGUCCGCCGCCGACGCGGCGCGCGUGGACCAAGUUGCUUUGUUAAAUAACAACAAGAACAGCGAGUACUGCGCGCCUCUGACCUCAUUUGAUUGGAACGAAUCUGAGCCGUCGUUAGUUGGUACUUCUUCCAUUGAUACUACCUGUACGAUCUGGGAUUUAUCCGUACCAGCCGUGAAGACGCAGCUCAUCGCCCACGACAAGGAGGUCUAUGAUAUUGCCUUUGCGCGCGGCAAGGACAUCUUCGCUUCUGUGGGUGCUGAUGGUUCAGUACGAUUAUUUGAUUUGCGAACCUUGGAGCAUAGUACGAUCAUCUACGAGACGUCGUCGCUGCGACCGCUAUUGAGAUUGGCCUGGAACAAGCAGGACCCAAAUUACUUGGCUACGGUGCUGGCGGACGAUCCGCGGACGGUGGUGUUGGAUGUGCGCGUGCCGUCGAUACCCGUCGCCGAGUUGGGAGCGCAUCAAGCUUCGGUGAAUUCCGUGGCGUGGGCGCCGCACUCGUCGUGCCACCUCUGCACCUGUUCGGAUGAUUGCCAGGCGCUGAUCUGGGACCUGACGGCCCUCCCAAAACCGGUGGAUGAUCCGAUCCUGGCCUACACGGCGGAUGCCGAAGUCAAUCAACUCCAGUGGUCGACGGCGCACCAGGAGUGGGUCGCAAUCGCCUACAACAACACGGUCCAGGCCUUGCACGUAUAAUAUAUUUGCGUGGG